AUGGCUAGAGAAAGAGAGACACCGGAAUGGCUCGUUAACUUGAUGAGAGAAGAGAACGGUUUCGAUGCGAAGCUGAUAUUCGAAAAGGAACUUACUGAGAGUGAUGUUGCCAAACACCAAGGCCGUCUCUUGAUUCCGUUGAACAUGAUAGUGGAUCGUGAAUUUUUGAACGAGGAAGAGUUGAACAUCAUUGAGCAGCAUUACAACGGGACUCAUGUCGAAGGAGUUGGUGUAACCUUGGUGGAUUCUGAGGGUCAACAAUGGGACCUUAACCUCAGGAGAUGGAGUAUGAAGAACAUUGUCUAUUACGUCUUGGUUUCGGGAUGGAACAAUGUCGUCGUCGAUAAGAGGCUCCGGUCAGGCCAGACCAUUCGGCUCUGGUCCUUCCAUACCCCACAUGGGCUCUAUUUUGCUAUGUGA